AUGCAGGACAGGGUGUGGCAUGGCCGGAAUGCCAACACCGCGCCUAUUGCACUGCUGACGAGCAGUGUCCCAGAUAGAGCCUCAUUGUGGGCGCUAGCCCCAACAGGAUGCUUCACAUGUAGCUGGACCACUAAGCUUGCAGACAUUGGAGCCCCAGAUGCCGAGCUUGGCUAUGCACCGCCGCUCCAUGGCAUCGCACUCUGUGAACACCAUGCGGUCGCCUUGCCGCCGUGGCCUUCGAGCCAUGGAAUCCUGAUCUUCCUAUCAAUGCCUGUUUCUAUCGCCGAUGCAAUGAGGCGCCUCUGUGCGGUGGUGGCAAGGUACACAAGUUUUAUGGGAUAUCCUCAUUGCCAAGGAGCAGACCCACUCUUCUCUCCGCUGUGUCCUUUCCAGUUUCUUGAAAGCAUAACGAAUAACUUUUCAGAGGAGCACAAAGUUGGCAGUGGUAGGUAUGGAGAUGUUUACAGGGGGGUGUACAGAGGCAAAGAGAUUGCAGUGAAGAGGCUUCAUCAGUUGGAAGAGCUUGACGAUAAGGAAUUCUGUAACCUUAGCAAGGUCGACCAUGAGAAUGUGGUGAAGUUACUUGGCUACUGUCAUGAAUCAAGGAAAACAUAUGUCACAUACGAUGGGAAAGAGUUUUUUGCCACAACAGUGGAGCGAAUUCUCUGUUUCGAAUAUAUGCAAGGUGGAACCCUUGAGAAACAUAUCGCAGCUGAUCGGAACAAAAGGCCAUCUACAAAGGAUGUUGUUGAUGAACUGGAACAAUUAGAAGCGAGAAUUAGGAAGCUGUCACUAGCGUCUGAUGAUGAGUGCAAAGACAUAAUUGUCCAGCAGGGCCUCCACGCUCUAUCAUCAUCCUCAUCAUUUAAUUACUUGAGCGGGAAGUUGAGCUUCCUCCCUUUUUCAGACAAGCUUCUCAGUUCCAGUUCAGAGCUGGGGCAGCUAGAUGUGGUCAUUGUGUAUGCAUUUGACUGCUCCGACUGGACUUCAGCGUGGUACACCGUGGAUGAUGGAGUCUUUUGGAUGGUGCAAGAGAAGCUCACCCACUACAUCGACAGCUGCCUUGGCUACAUCUACCCCAUGAUGAAUGGUAACACGUACACAUCGGAUAUGAAAUUAGUUGAUCCAGAAGAGACAAAAGCAACUGGCUACACAGCAUUCGCCUGGCGCAGGUUGGCCUGCACGAAAAACAUGGCAUCCGGACUUGAUGAGGCACACAAAAUGAUCAACAACCGUGGGUACCAGAAUGGCAUCAUCUUGCUCUUCUCUGACGGGUUGAUACACACAGAAGACUUCUUUGAUGGAGCCGAAAAAUUCAAGUCCAAAGUUCCCAUCCACGCGUUUACUCUCGGCGGGGUUGAGUAUAACCAGGUAUCUUUAAUAUUAUUUCUAACUGUAAAUCUUCCAUAA